CUCCAACAACGACGCAUUCCCCAGCCAUGGGCAUCAAAGACCUCAUGAAAUGGGUCAAGAAGACCUAUCCCGAGGUCGUGACAGAGUAUCCCCGACGCUGGGCCGCCCCCGAGCUCCGUGGCAAGCGGGUGGCCAUCGAUGCAACCCUUCUUACAAACCGCUUCCACUUUGGAGAGAAGAAUGUGCAUGCGCGCGCCGCCCGCGGCCUCUUGGGAUGGUACACGAUGAUACGGGAGAUGCAGGCAAACGGCGUUAGCCCGAUAGCAGUGUGGGACGAGCGCGGUGAGCGGCCAUGGAAGGCACCAGAGGCGCGGCGACGGCUGGAAACACGCGCACGCAAUCUUGCACGACAACUGCACGAGGAGCGGCGUGUAUCGCGGGUCUCGCAGCUGCGUGAGGCGCUUGUGGCGCAAGCAGAGAUGGGGGAGCGCGAGCGCACCGUCUUGGCUGCUGCCUGGGAGGAAGGCCUUCUCUCUACUUACCCAUUACCCUCCUCCUCCACGCCGGUCGUGGAACUGAGCGACACACUCGUUGCCGCGGCGCUGGCUGUCGGGAGCAUAGCGGCGCGUACCGCCGAGCUCGCGACGCUGUACGAGGACUACGUUGUGGACUCACAGCCCGUGCUCUCCCUGCCAUUCAGCAAUCAUCCCGCGGCAGACGCGAUUGAAGAAGAGGAGGAAGAGAUCCUGCGUAUAGCUGGCGACGAGUUGCCACAUGCCAAGGCGGCGGUGGCGGCCGCCAGCCUUCUCGAGGACGAGGAAGGUGCAGCUGUGCUUGAUGCACGACUCCGUUGCCUCCCAGCAGUUGAAUACACUGAGACGCCAAAGCAGCGGGACCUGACGGAACGUGAGGGAGAGGUGUUCGGCCGAGCCUUCUCGGAUGUGGCUUUGGCGCUUCGUGGUUUGACCGAAAUAGAAGAUCGCAUGCCACGCGUCGCGGACAUUUACGAGCGCGCACUGGCCAUCCCGCGCGAGGAGAACCACGCUGCAUGCCGUGAACUUCUGCGCCGCAUGGGCGUGCCAACGAUCUUCGCGCGUGUGCCAUAUGAGGCCGAGGGGCUUUGUGCCGCCAUGGCGCUCUCCGGCAUGGUGGACUUUGCGGGGACCGAGGACUCGGAUGUCGUUGUAUACGGCGGCCCACUGUUGCGCGGCCUUACCGCCACGAAGGAACCGCUCACGCUCGUCGACGGCGCGCAGCUACAGGACGCGGUGCCGCUAACGCCCGCGGCUUGGCGCGACUUCUGCAUUCUCCUGGGGACGGACGCGAGCCCUCGCAUUCCACUCGUCGGUCCCACGCGCGCGUACAAGCUCAUCGAGAGGUGGGGGAGCAUCGAGGAUAUACUCAAGCACAACCCGGAGCUUGCGGAGCGCGUCGAGCCCGAUUUCAUGGAUCUCGUGGCGAAUGCGCGGCGCGUCUUCACCGAUCUGCCGCCGGUUGAGAGCGUGCCCGCGCUUAAAGCGCAGCCGGAGGAGGAGGUUGCCGGGUGGAUCCGUGAGAUGGGCGCGAGCGUUCCGCCACAGUGGUUGUGGGGAGCGGCGGACGAGCGACGCGAGAUGGAGGUGUGGAAUCGCGGGCUAGAGUGGCGGUCGCGCGACCGUGAGGGGGUCAUGGCGGACGCGGGGGACUAUGGUGCCUCCGAGUGGGAGGACAAAGAGAUCGAGGAGCCCCCACCCGUGCCAUCGUGGGAGGAGGUGCGGUGAUACCCUGCAUUCAUGGCACAAUCACAGUGCGUCCAUGGCGCAUUCAUGGCACAUAUCUAGCAGCAUGUCGAGGCGCGCAGGUAUGCCAAUCUCUACACGUUUACACGUUCUGGAUAUCCGGACGGUUUGGUGAGCUAGAUCUGCGAACUUCUGCAAACGU